GCACGAUAAUGCGGCUAGUGCGGGAAGCUCUUCAGGAACCAGAUCGUUGUUCAUCUGAAGACGACGAUUCGGAGUCUACGAAUUUCUCUUUGUCCGACUCUAACUCUACCUCCCGAUUGCAGUGUCUUCUGCAGGGCCUGAGAACCCAGUUGAGUCGGCCUGGCAUGCCAUCUGACUGGUUCCAUAGUGCUCGCUUUUGCGCGAAUCUUUCUAGUGCAGUAAUGGAAGUCCUUGAUGGCCGGGACGGAGAAACAACCAGUACUAAUAGCGAGCAGGGCGGUAGUAACUCUCACGCUUGUAGUACCAGAAAUGUAACGAACAUCGACAUAAUCCCGCACCUUCUUCCUUGGCUUACAGCAUCAAAAACAGCAGCGACUAGUGCCCUGGUUGACAGGUUGCUCAAUAUCGUGCUGAACAAUACAAGUAAGAACGACUUGAACACCACCUUCUAUGCCCUUCUCUCUGUCAUCGUGGAGCGACCGUCUGAUGUUCGGUUUAUUGAAGCAGUGGCGCGACUUGGAACUCACCACGACUCUCAACAACAAGGUUCUAGUCUGGCACCGAUCGCAAACGCAAUAGAUGAAGAAGAAAGCGGCAGACGUUUAGACCUGUUACGCCGCGUUGUUCUUCAAGUGAGUGAUCAGCAUAUGGCCGCUAGUGUCGUAGGUCAGACCAAGGUGAACUCAGACGAUACGAAGUCCAAGGAGAAAGUGAAACAGCUGCGGCAACGAUUUCAUCGCAGAAUUGCUGAAGAGAUAACUACGUCCUCCACAGGCCGUUUUAACGAUCGCACACGAAGCGCGUUGCUCUCAGUUCUAGUUGCCUUGGUCCAACGCGCAUCCGCAGACUCUGCAACCAUGGCCUUACUGAAACACUGGCUACAUCAGAAUCGCUUACACUUCCUAUCAUCGAGCAGUGGAAGACGAAGUAGACAAGGUCCUGUUUCAGCGAGUUUUCUUUCGUCAAAGAACAACACUAGGAAAAACCUCGUCACUCACAACUUCGACUCCAUGAAAAUGGAGGACACCUUAAAACUGGCGUUCUUUUGUGCUUCUGCAGACUACUUGGAGGAUGGGAUUUUGGUUUCUUGCUUAGAGCGUGCAAUCCAGGGUCGUAUGUUCCUGACCGAAGCGCAGAGGAGGCUUCUUAACACGGUUGUUGGCACUCUACGCGCAGAACAUACGCUAUGGUUCUCGAAGCACGUACCAGUGAAAAUGCAGAGUGCACUGGGAGAAGCUGGAGGGGUACAUUGAGGAGGGGGGAUUUGAGUGUAUGUUAUAGUAUCUAAUGAAGAGGAUCAUGGGGAGACGAAAUAUAACGACUACUGCAUAGGGAUGAAGGGGAACUUUUUUUCUUCAAUGAACACGCAAAAUGAGCUUUGAAACCUUCUUCUACGCAUGAACAAGGCUACAUCUCAUGAAAUGGCGUCAACUCGGGACGAGCAGGAGCAUACACCGCGACACAAAUGUAACGCAAUAUUUUUGGUCUGACACAGUAGCGCAAAUUGUCAUUUGUUGAAAAUGCCACUGAAAACACCAUUUGAAAAU